AUGUCGCACAUCCGUCGUGUAGGUAGUCGCCUUAUGGAGUUCUGGGUUGACGGCGGAUGUCGCAGCAGCGGCAUAUCCAAUGCGAUUGGAGCUUCUGCCUCAUGUCUCAGAGUCACCAAGAACCGCUACGAAGUCAAGCGAGAAGAAUUGUCAAACACAGACUUCCCAGCCACAAACCAAAGAGCCGAGCUUCUAGCCAUCUUUCUUGCUCUGGAGACGGCCCUGGACAAGUACAAGGGCAAAAAAAAGGUAUCUCUGAAUAUCCACAUCCACUCCGACUCCGCCUACGCGGUCGGGUGCAUGACGGAGUGGCUUGAGAGGUGGUCGCUCAAUGGGUGGAAGACCGCGAAGAAUAAGGAUGUGGCGAAUAUGGACCUUAUCCAGGCCGCUGCUGAGCUCGAUCGUCGGUGCCAGAUGAUGGGCCACUACACUUCCUACCGCCAAAUCCCGAGAGAAAAGAACAACAUGGCCGACAAUGUCUGCAAAGAAGCGCUGGACAUAAUAGAAGAAGAGGGUCGUCUUACCGGGCCCCGCACGCUCCGGAUGCGCAGCAAUUGA